UACAUUUACGGGACGGACACAGCUGCUAGCUGGCUCCAUCUACCAGUCGUUCAAAUAUAGUCUAUAGAGUGUAUGGAGUCUAGAUCAGUUCCUGAAGAAGCUCCAUUAAUCUUCCUUACCAGGCACACAGAGAGAGAGUGUGUAGAAUCUUAGAUCUCCUUGAGAACCAACGAGAGGAAACGAGAAUGGCAGAAGAAGGAGGAAGCAAGAAGAAAGUGAUGGUGGCCAUUGACGAGAGCGAGUAUAGUCACUACGCCUUGGAGUGGGCUCUCACCAAGCUUCGAGACUCCAUCUCUACCUCUUCACUCAUCAUCUUUACCGCAGAACCCCGGAGCGAAAUCAACUACAUCUCCGCCGCCGCCUACGGCGCUGCUCCGCCGGAGUUGAUUAUGUCUGUUCAAAACUAUAAAGAUAAGCUUGCAGUAGCCCUCUUGGAAAAAGCUAAAGAAAUUUGCGCUGCUCAUGGGGUAACUGCUGAGACAAUUGCACAAAUUGGCGAUCCUAAAGAGGUCAUAUGUGAAGCUGUUGAAAAGUUAAAUAUUGAUCUUCUUAUUGUUGGUAGCCAUGGCCGGGGAUUUAUACAGAGGGCUUUCCUUGGGAGCGUGAGCAGCUACUGUGGUAAUCACGCAAAGUGCCCUGUUCUUAUCGUGAAGAAACCAGAAUGAGAGUAUGUAUGCAAGCAUUGGCAACUACAGUUUAUGAUAGAGUGUUGAGGGGCACCUCAAAAUUAUAUUGUUUCAUAUGGUUGUAAGUUUCCUGGACAAAAUGAUUGAAUUGAUAGCCACCUGGACAUAUAGAAUAAAGGCCGUUAAUGAAUUCGACAGUUGAUUUCUGUGUAACGUCUGUUUCCUGAGCCUGGGUUCCAUAUAUUAAGAAAAAGAGAAUACAGUGCUCUGUCAGUUUACCUAAUUUAAAGUGUUUAAAUUAAA